AUGAGAAAGAUCAACCUGCUUCUUCGAAAGAAUAAGCGCGAGUUGGAUAGAUCAAUUAACCAACUCCAACCUUUGAAAAAGAAAACCGAAGGUUUGAUCAAAAAGUCCGCUAAGGAAAAGGAUUAUAAAACAGCCAAAUUGUACGCCAAAGAAUUGAUCAAUAUUAAUAGACAGUACAAGAAAUUGUACACCUCGAGAACUAGGGUCGAGUCAAUAACAAUGUCCAUCAAUGAGCAAUACCUGAUGAACAAAUUGACCAAAUCCAUACAUUCGUCCACGUCCAUCAUGAAAGAUGUUAAUCUGUUGAUUCAUAUUGGUGCUGUUUCUCAAACGAUGCAAGAGUUGUCGAAAGAAUUGACUAAAGCUGGUAUUAUAAAUGAGAUGAUGGACGAUAUGGUUGAUUUGGAGUAUGACGAAGAUGAAGAGCUAGAAAGCGAAUCACAAGAAGAGGUCAACAAGAUCAUAGCCAACUUGACAGAAGAAAAGACCAGCAAAGUAUCUGAAGUGCCCACCACCCAACUUGAGGCACCACAGAUUGAAGAGGAGAUUCCUGCGACAGAAGAAGAGGAUGAGGAAGAUACUAUUGCAAUUGAUGAGAUAAAACAGAGACUUAAAGCGCUACAAUCGUAG